CUAUGUGGAGUGGAUAAACUGUUUCGAGGACUCAUUUACUGUGCAUUCAUAGAUUUCUAGUGAACAAAUAGUUAUUCAGUUAAGAAUUAGUGAGAGGCGAUGCGAAAAAGAUGCUCUAUCGGCCACAAAGUUCUCGCAACAAAUAGAAGUCGCUGGCUUUGGUGACGUAGGGUAAUAUCUACACACGCACAAAGCGACCAAACUUCUACAGUCCCGCGCGCGGUCAAUUAAGCUUUGGCAUAUGAGGUUAGUGACGUUUUCGGGACUUCGCGCUUCGCCCAUUCAUAGCACACCGUAUUCGUGCGGAAACCUUUUCGAGAGAUUGUGCAUUCUUUCCUAAUUGAGUAAUUACGCGGUAACGAUCUGGUGUGGUUUAAUGUAAUACUCCGCUAGUAGCAUAUUUCGGUAUUGCAUUGUGCCAAUGAAGUGCGUUUGUUACCGAAGCAUACGCAUAAGUGCAUGUGAACGAGUUUGACUGUCUUUGACUUCGAUUGGCCAGCUUUAGAAAUUAAACUAUGAUUACCAAGUUCCGGCUUAGUGACAAUGCAUCUUUAGGAGACAUUUCCACGAAUUCCAACGGUGGCCAGCUAGUAGGCCUAGGGGGCAUCGAAAGCAGUAACAGCGAAGAACCCUCGCCAGGCGGCAUGAAAAGUGAGGAGCAGUGGACUAGCCACAGUGACAGUAAGCUGCAAUGGUCUUCUGGCCCGAAAGCAUCUAUUCCUCCGGGCCCGUUAGCAUCCGACGACAGUUGCAAUGCCGUCGAUAACAAACUGAUUGGAGAGAAUGAUACAAGUGAACGGGAUGAACAGACGAUUGGCGAUGGUGAUCUUUCCUUCAAUGGUAAAAUAAAGCCUUUGAAGAUUGACGAUUCCACUGCCGGCGUAGCUACGGGAGCGGCCACGGCUGGGGAAGCGAUGCACUGUGAACUGAUCGAUGCCACCAAAGGCUUCGAAAGGACGGACAGUGAAAUGACUGACGAUGUGAACCGACGAUGUCGUGCUUCCCGGAAAGAUAGGCUCAACGAAUCACUAGAGUUGCUGACGAAGGAGAAUAGCUCCUGGAUGCAUUAUAAUAAUGAAAAGUCCCCGGAUUUAUUUGCUGACAACGAUAACGACGCCGACGGUGUGGCCGAAGAACGGAACCAAUUUAACCAUGUGGAUGCGGAAAAUAACGAUCCGGAUGAAGAUGCAGACGCAGAAAGCUGCUAUCGGAACAAAACACGUAGGUCUGGUGGGUUUGAAACAGACGAUCUCUAUUGUACCGUUGAGGGAACCGUCCCAUCGGAUACGGUUGAGCGUGUAUUGCUGAAGCGACUGCAGUCUUCCCUUUCGGGUGUACCUCCACCGCCUUCUUUGACGUACUCCCAUAUUGAUGUCGAACGUAUGCUUGCCCUGUACCAAAACAAUGUCGCACAGUGGGGGUGGGGAAGCUCAUGCCGAGGGAGUCAAUCAACGUCCAAGGCGGAAAGCGUAGGUCACUGCAUCGAGACCGUACCAUUACCACAGUGUCUAAGCAAACCAACUCACUUGACGCCGGAGCUUGGUGCGAUCGGAUGGCCCGAUUUGUUGCGACAUCGUGCGCACGGGCUGCACUAUAACAAAUCGACCGUGUCGGAAAAGAUAGAACUACUGGGGCUAAAAUAUAUUGAACGUUAUAUCGGCGCAGAGACGAGUUCUUCCUUCAACAUGAGUCACUCGCCGUCGAGCGCCAAGAAACGGAAUCAACGGAUGAAAAUGCUUAAUCAGUCGCCUGGGAGUCGUCUCAGUCAUUUGGCACGACGACGAGCGAUUUUCUCGUCUGCGAAUCUGCUGAACAAUAGCACAGGUAGCGGAAUAAACUCUGGCAGCAAUGUUAGUGCUGGCAGAAGUACCAUCAAUGCGAGCGCCCUCAAUAGACUGAACCCAUUCCGGUUGUGCAAUAGACAAGUGCUUCUUGAUCCAAAAAAAUCGGACAAUCGUCGCAAAAAUAAGGUAAGAACCCCCCAACGCAGAUCGCCCGGGGGGCUUGGUCGAAAGUCCCCCCGACGGCGUACGCCCGGUUCUUCGGCCAAAAAGUUUUCUCUCGCGCGCACCAGCGCAAGUGCGAAACCGUCGCAGCAGCUGCACGUUCCGGCCACUAUUGAGUCCUCCAAACGGGCACUGUUCCUCAGCCCUCCGAACAUCGGUGGUGGUGGAGCCGCAACUGUUGGAGGAAGCAACAGCAAGCUGAUGGACCGUUCGAUAUUUUCCGAAGCGCGAAUGCUCAAAUCGAGACGAUCACUAUUUUCUCCGCCUCGUGGUGGCAACACGGACGGUGGUGCAGGUGGAAAUGGCGCUUCGUUGGCUUCUGUAUCGCUGAAACGACGACGCUCGCCGACGACCGUUGGCGAUGAGGAUCAGCUUGCCCGGGGAGCAAUAUUGUCGGAAGAGCGUUCGGAAAAGAUUCGUCGCAAGGAGUCAACGGCUCUCGUGGAGGAAGAUUUGACACCCCGCUCGUUGAAGUUUGCCCGCAGUCAGAGUUUCUGCGUUGGGUCGCAGACGGUUAGCAGAGUUGGUUCACAAAUGGCGGCGACAGAUUGUGUCGGAGGGAAGGCACUGUUUCGGGCAAAUUCGGAAAUCACGUCCGAAGAUACUAACCGACCCGUGAUGAUGCUUACGGAAAAUCAUAAAAAGAAACUUUUGUGGGCCGUUUCGCAAGCCCUGCAAGGCAAACAAGUGUCAACAAAGCACGAAAAGUUCAAGCAACAUGCGUCCAACUUGGCACGGGUAGUGAAAAGACUGUUUUUAGAGUUUAAUGAUCAGACAAUCAGUAGCACGAGUGAAAAAAUGCUUAGAUUGGCAAACAAGCACGUGUUCGAGGUGAUACAGGGUAAAAGCGUGGACGAUAUCUACUUUCGUGAGAAGACUCGCAUAAUGAAUGCACGCAAUCAGACGAAACUCCAAGGCUACAUCGCUCCGGAGGAGUACGAGCUGCGGAAGCUCAAGCGAGCUGGAUCGAUGACGAGCGUGGCAACCAGUUCAGCAGUCGACGGAGCUUCCCCUUUCGACAGUUGUUCGCUAAGCGCAAGCCAAACCACCUACCUCAGUCAGAGCUCAAUACUAUCGCAAGGUAGCUCGAUCGGUAUGGCCAGCUUUUCGCAACUCUCCGAACCAGGGAGCCUCCAAGGUGGAAGGCAACUUAAAACGGCUGCAUCGACGGGCAGCGUAAAUAUUAUCGGGGUGACGGGGCAUGGAGCUGUCAGCUUAACUACCACAACAGCCCUGCGCGAAAACAUCGACAGUGAGCUGCGCCAACGGUCUACGCAAAAGCUACUGUCCUUCUCCGGGAAGGAUCAGAAAAACGUCAGCCCGUACAGGAUGGAUAAAGCAUUUAAUGCGGUUGUGGGUAGCAAUGCGAGCGCCAACAACAAACUGCUGGUCGGUGGUUCACUAAACUCUAGCAUCAUGAAAGCGAAGCGGCAGAUUUCCUUCGAGUAAUCAUAAUCGGGUGGAAGGCAGUUACAAUCUGUCGCUUGUUUGUUGUACAGUUUAGAUAAAUGAGUUUCUUUUCAUUUUUUUCAUUUUCCCUCCGGAUCUUUAUCCUUUUUUGUUAGAUGCUAAUGGUGCAGAAGAAAAUGACGAAUAAUUUAUGUGUCUGCCGAUUUCAAGCUGCACAGCGGAUUUUCAAACCGCUUCUGUGCACCGUUUGAAUGUAGCGAAACUUGUGUUUGAUCCUGAAUAAAAAAAACUAUGAAAAACAACUAUGAGAAGUGCCGGAAUAUAUUUCUUUUAAGUUAAAAACUA